CCAGUGUACAUUUCCCAACCACGCUGGUGGAACAUCUGCUUGGUAGUCACCACAGGAUUCACAAACACCCAAGAGGCUCGCGCCGCACCUGAUUUUAUUGUCUAACUUUCACGUUGACUUCGCUGAACAAGGAUGCUCAGGUGGUGUAUUAUCCCAUAACUUACAUGCUGUGAAAUCUGAGGACUUGACCAAGAUAAGAUGAUAGAAACUUUCUGUGAUUUGGGGCUGUAUCCUUCUUAGAUGACUGUGGGACUUGGAGGCUUCCUGAGAGCUUGGCUCCCUGUACAUGCUGCUUGCCCUUGGUGCAGGCAAUAAUGCCUUCUCUACCUCAAGAAGGAGUGAUUCAAGGAUCCUCUCCCUUGGAUCUGAGUACAGAGUUGCCUUAUGAAAGCACCAUAAAGAGGAAGGUCAGAAAAAAGAAAAAGAAGGGAAUCAUUACAGCCAAUGUUUCUGGGACAAAGUUUGAAAUUGUUCGUUUGGUAAUAGAUGAAAUGGGCUUUAUGAAGACUGCAGAUGAAGAUGAAACAAGUAACCUCAUAUGGUGUGACUCUGCAGUGCAGCAGGAGAAGAUCUCAGAACUGCAAAAUUACCAGAGGAUCAACCAUUUUCCAGGAAUGGGGGAGAUCUGUAGGAAGGAUUUUCUCGCAAGAAAUAUGACCAAAAUGAUCAAGUCUCGACCUCUGGAUUAUACUUUUAUUCCUCGCACAUGGAUUUUCCCUGCUGAAUAUACUCAAUUCCAAAACUACUUGAAAGAAUUGAAGAAAAAAAGGAAGCAGAAGACAUUUAUAGUAAAACCAGCUAAUGGUGCGAUGGGUCAUGGAAUUUCUUUGAUAAGAAAUGGUGAUAAGCUUCCAUCUCAGGAUCAUUUGAUAGUUCAAGAAUACAUUGAAAAGCCUUUCCUAAUGGAAGGUUACAAGUUUGAUUUACGGAUUUAUAUUCUGGUAACAUCAUGUGAUCCACUAAAAAUCUUUCUCUACCAUGAUGGACUUGUGCGAAUGGGGACAGAGAAGUACAUCCCACCCAAUGAAUCCAAUUUGACCCAGCUGUACAUGCACCUGACGAACUACUCUGUGAACAAGCACAACGAGCGAUUUGAGCGUGAUGAAACCGAGGACAAAGGCAGCAAGCGUUCCAUCAAGUGGUUUACAGAAUUCCUCCAUGCCCAUCAACAUGAUGUUGCCAAGUUCUGGAAUGAUAUUUCAGAAUUGGUGGUGAAGACUCUGAUUGUAGCUGAACCUCAUGUCCUGCAUGCAUAUCGAAUGUGCAGGCCCGGUCAGCCUCCAGGGAGCGAUAGCGUCUGCUUCGAGGUGCUGGGGUUCGACAUUUUGUUGGACAGAAAACUAAAGCCAUGGCUUCUGGAGAUUAAUAGAGCCCCGAGCUUUGGAACUGACCAGAAAAUAGACUACGAUGUCAAAAGGGGCGUGCUGCUGAAUGCACUGAAGCUGCUGAACAUCAGGACUAGUGAUAAAAGGAAAAACUUGGCUAAGCAGAAAGCCGAGGCUCAAAGGAGGCUGUAUGGUCAGAAUUCAGUAAGAAGGCUCCUGCCAGGUUCCUCAGACUCAGAACAGCAGAGACACCAGCUCGAGAGACGAAAAGAAGAGCUGAAGGAGAGACUCAUUCAACUACGAAAGCAGAUUUCACGAGAGGAACACGAAAACCGACAUAUGGGGAAUUAUAGACGAAUUUAUCCUCCUGAUGAUAAAACACUACUUGAAAAGUAUGAAAAUUUGUUAGCUGUUGCCUUUCAGACCUUCCUUUCAGGCAGAGCAGCUUCGUUGCAGCGAGACCUGAACAAUCCUUUGAAAAGGAUGAAGGAGGAAGAUAUUUUGGACCUUCUGGAACAAUGUGAAAUUGAUGAUGAAAAGUUGAUGGGAAAAGCAGCCAGAGUUCGAGGACCAAAGCCACUCAGCUGCAUGCCCGAGAGCACGGAGUCGCUAAGGAGGCAGAAAUACUGCAGCAGCGACAGCAGCUACGAAAGCAGCUGCUGCUCUUCCGAGUCUGACGAGAAUGACAAGGAAGCAUGUCACAAUAAGAAAAGAGAAAAGCCAGUUGCAUUUAAUGUUAAGCAUUCCAAUCCCUGCAAACUGAUUCAGCAAUCCAAUUCCAUGAGGCGUUCAGUCAGCUGCCCUCGGUCCAUCUCUGCUCAUGUACCUUCCAGUGGGGACACGCGUCCUUUCUCUUCUCAACAAGUGAUACCAUUAGCAAGACCUACUUCAGCUUCUCGGUCCCAUUCCUUAAACCGUGCUUCCUCCUACCUGAGACAUCUGCCUCACAGUAAUGACAUCAGCUCCACCAGCUCUCCUGUGGUGAGUGAGUCUUUGCGGCAACUGCAAACAAAAGAACAGGAAGAUGAUCUAACGAGUCAGACCCUGUUUGUCCUCAAAGACAUGAAGAUCCGCUUUCCAGGAAAAACAGAAGCAGAAUCAGAACUUCUCAUAGAAGAUAUCAUCGAUAACUGGAAGCAUCAUAAAUCAAAAGUGGCUUCGUAUUGGCUCAUCAAAUUGGAUUCUGCAAAACAACGGAAAGUUCUGGACAUAGUAAAAUCCAGUAUCCGCACAGUUCUCCCGCGCAUCUGGAGGAUACCUGAUGUGGAGGAAAUAAGUUUAUAUCGGAUAUUCAACCGAGUGUUUAAUCGCUUGCUCUGGAGUCGUGGCCAAGGAUUAUGGAGUUGUUUUUGUGAUUCAGGAUCCUCGUGGGAGAGCAUAUUCAGUAAAAGCCCGGAGGUGGUCACUUCUUUGCAACUGCAGUGUUGCCAGCGUCUGGUGGAGCUCUGCAAGCAGGUUCUCCUUGUGGUGUACAAGUACACAGCCGACUCCCGGGGGCCACUUACAGGUCCUGGGCCUGACUGGAGAAGCCCCAGGUAUUUACUACCAGGAAGUACCCAGUUCUUCAUGAGAUCACCAUUGUACAGCACGAAAUACAAUUCACUUGGAUUGACUCGCUCCAGUGUUUUGUUUACAUCCCGAUAUGGCCAUUUGUGAACCGAAGGGAAAAUGCCAUGGGUUAUGCAUAAUAGCAAUUCACUUAUUUCCUCAAGUUGAACAUGCAAAGAAAGUGACCAUUAAGGCUGUUUUAUGUAUAUAUGUCAUAUAAACAUAUGAAGAUAGAUGCACACAUACAUUCAAAUAAUAUAUAUAUAUUUAUUAUAAUAUAUAAAAUAAUUAGCAUAAGACUGAAUUUAAAACUUAACCUUUCUGGAAAUGUAAUAAACCAUGUUAAAAUUGUUUACACAAAUAUGUGAAUGUGUAGAAUUUGCUAGGUUUAUAAAUUAAUUCCUUCCUACUAGAAAUGUUAUUUUUGCUGCAGAAUAUAUAUAAAAAAGGAAUUGAUCUUGAAGAUCCCAUUACAGUGUUGUUCUUUUCUAGAUAACAUGGCUUUUGAUUUGAGAAAGCUCUUAAUAGUAUCAUAUAAAGUUUCUUCCUUGUGGCAGCCGUUUAAAAGUGAAACACAAAAGAUUUACAAGCUGGGGUGGCUUGAUGAUAAGAUUAGUGAUGAAAAACAAGUUUAUCAUUGCCAUAGCGUACUAUCAAGAACUAGAAAAUAGCCCAGGCUAACCUUCCAGCAUUUUUAUUCUUCUAUGGGCAAAUUUAGCUUCUUGUAGUAAUGUACAUUUUCACCAAGGAUCAUAUUAUAUCUAAAAUGAGAUACAAACCAGUGGGUUAAGAAUACAAUGUAAAGUAGCUUUUAUUUCUACCUUUCAUAAGGAAUCACAUAAAAGAACAAAAAUUAUGAUAACAGCAGCAUCUUUAUACAUGACUUUUUGUGUCUUAUAGUACGUUUUGCUUGGAAAGUCUAUGAUGGCUUUCAGUCUCUCAAUGUUGAGACCAAUUUACAAAGUCUAGUAACUGUCUCUCACUGCACACUAGAAAAUAAUAUCAAUAAUUAUGACUAGAAGAUUCCAUUGAUCACAUAUUACUAGUUACUGAUGUGUCCUUGAGGGAUUCUUUUAAGUCAAAGUACAGUCCACAGUUGCCUUGCUAUCCAGAGCUAUUGUGCCAGGCUUCCAAGCAACUUACUCCCUUCUGCCUACAGCUUCACAACCAGUGCAUGAGCAUUCGGUUUUCCAUAAAAACAUAGCUAAGCCCUAUCGUUGACUGAACUCAAAAGUGAAACACUGUGCCGGGCGUGGUGGUGCAUGCCUUUAAUCCCCGCACUCGGGAGGCAGAGGUGGGGGGAUCGCCGUGAGUUCGAGGCCACCUGAGACUCCAUAGUGAAUUCCAGGUCAGCCUGAGCCAGAGUGAGAUCCUACCUCGAAAAACAAAACAAAACAAAACAAAACAAAACAAACAAAAAAAAAAAAAGUGAAACACUCACCUAAAUUUCCCUCCAGUGACUUUUUACCAUGGAUGUUCACUGUUUGCAAAACUCUUGCAUGUUUUAUCUCCUUUCGUGUCCUAAAAGGUAUUUCCAGUAAAUCAAGAAAUGACCCCGGGACAGAUUUGUCAGGUGGCACCCCAAAGUUGUAAGCUAGAUGUAUUUUGCUCUUAAAACCAUCCUCUGAAGUUUUUUUUUUUUUUUUUUUUUGUUGUUGUUGUUGUUGACUGAAAUGCCCAUUUCUUACUUAAUUACUGCAAGUGACUUGACUCUUGUUGGCUGCCUGCAUGGAAUGGUGGAGAUCUUUUCUUACUGGGUGCAUCCCAAGUAAUUUUUUUUGGAGUAUAAUAAGGCUAUCAGGAUGAGGGAAAUUAGGUGUUUAGGAGAAAGUUUGUGAAUGCUUAAAUAUAUUAUAGAUUUUUAGAAUAAAUGGUGCAAAAAUUUGGAUGCUACAAAAUCCAUAUAAGAAUAAUCAACAAAUCAAUCGUUUUGUGGAGUAUUUGUAGUUAUGUUUCUUCUACAUUCAUGACUUGGUCCUGGAGACAUGACUUAAAUAGAAAGUGAUACCAACCCACUUUGCUGGUCAUGCAUUUUCUUUAGCUUAAGUCACAAGUGAUUAUUUAAUUUUCUAGAAUAUAUGUUUUGAAAUAUCUGUCUUUAGUUGUUAAAGAAUGAAAUUUUCAUUUAAAAACCAAAAUAAUAAUGUCCCUCAUUAGGUUCUCAGCAGACGGACAAACACACACAAAAUCAUAAGCUAAGAAUAAAUUUACAUGCAUAAAGCUGCCAACUCUUUGGUGAACAAGUGUCACUAGCUUCUCAAGUCUGGCCUUAUUUUGAGCACUAGAAUUUCAUUGCCCACACUUGCCAAUUUCUCCUGGUCUGGUUGGAUGUGAUGUAGCGGUGUAGGAAGCCAGGUGCUCAUUAUUGAUGUAUGGUACCCAGUGUGCUUUGGCCUGUGGCUGUUGUGAGGCCAUUCCCUAUUGAGCAGUUAUGAGAAGACAUGAUAAUCAACUGUGGAAAUCUCAUGAGGCCAUAGACAGAUUUUAGAAGCAUAAAAUAGUCCUUAGGCUUUUUUUUUUUUUAACUUUAAACUUUUUAUUCACAGGGCUAAAACAUAUUCACACAAGUAGAGUAUAAGUCUCUGUUAUGUGAGGAAAAAUAUCUGAAAGAGUCUGGAAGCUCUUCACUCUCACAUGGGGCUUUUAAAAGGGACUUUAGGUUACGUACAAGGCAAGCCUAUUUUCAUUGUUCUAGAAGGUCAAGGCUCCGAAUCACUUGAUAAAGUGUUUCCCAGAACUAAGAGAUGGGGUUGAUUUUAUAAAUUGUCUAAGAAACAAAUUUUCUUUUUGUUUUAGAUCAUCACCUAUAAACAUAAUUUAAGGCUGCAAAUUUAGUUUUCAUGGGAAAAAGCCUGCCAUGUGGAUUAGCUACAGUUUGCUUUAGAGAAUCUGUUGAAGGUCCUAUUAUAAGUCAUACUUUAAUUUUGACAGCAACAAAUUUUAUUUGUUAACUUUUCAUUUAUCUUGAAGAUAUAAAUGCCCUAACUGGGUCAAUAAGGAAAUGACAUUUCACCUCGGUGCAGUUCAUAGUUAAUAUACUAAUAUUCUCUCUCUGGUUCUCUACAAGAUGCAAAGAUCUUCCACGUAUCUAAAUGAGGUCUAAAUAUGCAAGUUUACAUUAUUCCUAUUCCCCAGGAUUAAAACAAAACACACACCCCUUUCUUUUUACCUAAUGCCUAGGCACAAAUAACAAAUAAAACAUUUCAUUUUAGUUUAGCUUGAAAAGUAGAUGAGAGUAGGAUUUUAUCAAACUUAACAUUUCAUAUUUUAAUAUAAAUUAACUCACUGCUUUCUCCUUUAAAAUUUAAGUCAUUCUGUGUAAAAACUGUCUUAAAAUCUACACAUAUGCAUUAUACAUUCUUUGCAAAAGUACCAAAAAGGGCAUACAUUUAUUUAUCAGAAAAUCCCUAAUUGGUUCUUACAUGUAUUUUCUUUAACAAGGCAUUAAUAAAUGCCUCAAGAGUGACAGAAAAUAUUUUCUUUUU